UUAAUAAUCUUAUAAUAUACAGUAAAAAUACAACCUCAACACCCUUUUUUGGCAACAAUAUAACAAAUUCCCCGAGAAUACAAAAUCAAAGACGUUACCAACAAAUAAAUAAUGAUCGGUUGUCCCUUGAUGUAAAUGUUUUAGGCCAACUUGAAAAAGUAUUGAAUGAGCAUUACAAUCCUCAAAUGGCUCAAAAAAUAAAAACCAAGCUUCGAUUAAUCGCUAAUUUGGGAGAUACAGCAUUGCUGCGCUAUACUAACGAUGUUGACGUAGCUAGAGCAUUAAGUCUAUUAGAUCAAUUGAAUGAUAAAAUAUUGAAAAAUAAUGAAGAAGCACAGCAAAAUGAAAAUAAUGAAAAAAAUUUGAAUGAAAGAUUUUUGAAAAUUAUUGAAAGUUUUCAUGAAAAGCUGAAACAAUUGGGUUAUGCAAAAAGCCAAAACAGAUUGAGGUCGCUUUUUAAUUUAUUGUGGUUAUUAGUUAGUUAG